AAAGGUUUUGUUAUUGGUAUAUACAAAGGUUUCAUUCUUGGUGCAAAGGAAGAUUUCGUUUUUGGUACAAAGAAAGGUUUCGUCCUUGGUUUCAUUCUUGGUGCAAAAGAAGAUUUUGUUUUUGGUACAAAGAAAGAUGAUGAAGAUAAUCAAGAAGAAUAUGAUAAAGAAUUCCUGGAGGAAUUUGAUAAAGUAACACCAUGUGUAAUCAUUGACAAUGACAAAAAUGGAAACAAAAUUGAAAGAUGUAAUUGUAUAGAUAGAAAUCGUAGUAUUUCAAAUUUAAGUGGUUCAUUUGAGAUUGAUUCAGGUGCUGUUAAAGAAGUUGGAGAAGAUAUACAAAGAUUAGAGGAGGUGAUUACUGCCCAAAGCAUAUAUGGUAGAGGCUUAUAUAAUUGUCCAGCAAUGGAAGGAUUACCUGAUUUUGCAAACUUUCAAACAAAUAUUCCUCAACGUGUAAGGUAUAUUUGUACUAAUUGUUGGGUAUUAAAUGGAGGACAUCUACAUAUAAGAACAGGAACAAAACAUCCAAAACCAUGUAUUCAUGACAAAGAAUCAUCCCCAUCUUUGAUUCUUUUUUCUAAAUGGAUCAACAAUGUUGCUUCUUCAGAUGAUAUAAAUGCAAAAAAUAAAUUAUUAAAUCUUUUAAUACAAGUUUUUAAAGAUUUUAAUACAGAAGUUUCUACCAAACCUAUAGUACAAGAUUUCACAUCAACAGAAUCCAUAAUAGAAGAAUCCUCCAUACCAUCCAAUAAUUUAAUAGUUCCUAGACCAACUUUAUUUCUUUUAAGUGUAGCAUUUAGAGUGAAUAAAAUGUCUACAAAUGAAAAUUUACAAUUAAAUAAAUCACAAACAGAAUCAUACAUAAAAUUUAGUAAAUCUUUAGCAACAUCUGUCUGGAAAUCACAUACCAAACUCAUAGAAAAUAAAGAAACAUUAGAGAAUCCUGCCACACUUGCUGAAUUUUAUGAAAUAAUGCCAAAAGAUCUCACUGAUCUUAUUUUUUGGGCUUAUUCAUGA